CAUUUCGACCACGCAGGGCCGCCAAUGUUCCCCGAAGUGACACUUCUGAUGUUACUUUACGAAUUUACAACUCAAACAACAGCAUUCAGGUGUUGUGGCAGCCUGUUUUUGAAAAACCCGCCAGUGAGGUUAUGUUCAAUCAUUUAAUUUCACUUGAAAAUUGCAUUUAAAAUGGAAGAAGUGGCAGAAGUAGAUGUGGAAGAUGUCGAAAAUGAAAAGUCACAAUCUACCGAAACGCUAGAAGUGGUGGAAGCUUUAGCAUCAAACGAAAAACCGAAGUUUGUUAGAUUACCAUUAACCCGAAUCAAGCACAUCAUGAAAAUGGAUCCCGACUGUAGUUUAAUUAGCCAAGAUGCCUUAUUCCUUGUCACAAAGUCCACGGAAUUAUUCUUAGAAUAUCUUGCGAAAGAAUCUGCCAAAUUUAUGGGAAUGGGGAAGAGAAAGACCGUCCAGAAGCGCGACGUGGAUGCCGCUAUUGAUAACGUGCCUAGUUUGUGUUUUCUUGACGGUGCCUUAGAAUAGUGAUUAUAAUAAAAGACUUUUUACUGACAA